AUGGAACCAAGUGACCCGAAGAAGUGUGCUCGUCCAGGGCGAGACGAAAAGGAGAAGGAAAAGAUGGCGGACUUCGCGAUGACCUGCAGUCAUUGCUUGAAGAUUCCUGAGGAUAAGAAGUGCUUCCAGAAAUGUGCUCGGUGCAAGUCAAUGUGGUAUUGUUCGCGAGAAUGUCAGAAACUUGACUGGCCAUUCCAUAGACGCGAUUGCUGCGAAACCCAACCACAAUUCAGCGUCGUUAUCAAGUUCAUCCACCGUGUAAACAAAAACGACUUCCUCAUGAAGAAGAUCCGCCUCGCUGUCGUGCACGAAAUGAAAAGCGUUAUUGCCCCCACUGACAAGCCCGCCCCAGAUCCAACAACGACCUUCCUCAAUAUUGGCAUUAGCAUCUCACUCCGGCCUACCUCCGAUAUCGACUUGGAGUUCAUACGCUCCCGACACACGACACCCGAGCAACUGAAAGUGAGGAAGGUGUGGGGCGUCACACGGUUUACGCAUAUUGUAGAUAUGGCAGACCUGAGGCGGCCGUUACCGGAGGAAAAGGACACCUAUGUCGCGGUUCUGCACUUCAACUACAACGGGAAGUCGGUUUAUUACACCGACGUGGAUCUACACCCAAACGACAUUGGGGCGGCGAAGAUGAUCGUAGUUCAGUAUAUGGUCUCUGACACGACGGAGUGGGGAAAGCCGGGAAACGCGGUCUUACGUUGUAUCAAUUCGGACUUUGCUCAAGAAGAGAAGGAGGGCAAGAAACCACGGUGUAUCAUUAGCGACGACGAUAAGGACCUGCUCAGACGAUAUCCUUUGCAUGCGGCUGAGUAA